AUGUUGGACAAAGCAAUACUAGAAUUCCGUCAGCUGAUUGCAUCAGCUUUGAAGACGCUCCAACUGCCGACCGACGCGUUCAAAUUAGAAGCAAACUCGGAUAUUGACAUUUCGAAUCAAUUCCACAAUCUUGGACUCGAUAAGCUCAAACAACUGCCCAAAGUGCAGCCCUUAGGAAGCAUCUACAGCUCGGACUUGGCCCUACGUUUGUUUUUUCACUACAAGAAGGCGGGAGUCGUUACCGUGCAUACGAAAUUUACGUCGAGCAAUUCCGAGAUUACCAGUGUCGAUUGUCCACGAAAGUUGGCAGCACUGUGUGUUGAUGCUCUCACAUUGGAGCUUGAUCGAUGGCAACAUUGCCAUAUCGUCCGAGUGUGGUUAGCUGAAAAAGAAGAGACUGCAUUGGGCGCGUUACCUGACAGAGUUUUGGUGCAGAUCCGUGAGUUUGCCGAGUGCAAACGUAGUAAUGCGAUCGACCUCACCCUAAGUGCUCAACUACCGCUAAAGAUAUUGUUUCGAGACGAUGCUAUAAUUGUACUCGAUAAACCUGCCAAUGUUCUAAGCGUAGACGGCACCGACCCAGAUGCUCCAACUUCAGUUCAUCGCUGCAUUGCAAACGUGUACCCGGGAGCGCGAAUGGUGCAUCGUCUCGACCAGGAGACGUCAGGUCUGCUUGUCGUCGCGCUGACCAAGUCUGCCGCUCAGAGUUUAAACGCGCAAUUUCGGGACCGAUCAGUCAGGAAAACGUAUGUGGCACGUCUUCAUGGAUGGAUAGAUGAAGAGAUUGGAUUGCCGAGGUGCGUAAGAGUUCCUAUGGAGAAACAUCCAGUCCAACCGCUUGUACAGCGUGUAAUUUUGGAUCGCGAGGUUGAUCCAUCGAGUUCGCUUUGGUCGCUCACCGAAUAUUGUGUGCGAUCGCGUGAUAUUACCUUGGAUGGAACUCAAACUGGAGAGGAUCAUAAAACUACAAUUGUAGACCUUACACCAGUAACAGGCAAGACCCACCAGCUUCGACUGCACAUGCAGCAUCUAGGACAUCCUAUUCUAGGCGACUCAUUGUACUCUCCAGAGCUGGUAUAUCACCGCGCCUCGCGUCUAUGUUUACAUGCUGCGGAGCUGUCAUUUACCCACCCAGUUACAAACGAGCGUAUGAGUUUCAAAAGCUUGUGCCCCGCUGACUUUUUCACCACCAAGGCAAACGAAAGUGCCAUGAAUGAACGACCUUCUGUGCCUGCAAAACCAAUACAAGGCUGA